ACUCUCAAUAUGAUAGUAUUUUGAAAACUGGUAGAGAAAUUUGGCCGAUUUGGGUUUUGUUAGUAGAUGAAGGACUGGAUGAAAAUCUGAGACAAUUAAAAAAUAUUAAAUCAUAUUGUUUGCUUUUUAGAAAGUUUAAUUUAGACUACCUAACUAUACGAACACAUGCACCUGAACAAUCUAAAUAUAAUCUUGUAGAAAGAGGCAUAGCAACACUUUCUGGUAAACUAGCAGGUGUUAUAUUACCAAUUGAUUACUUUGGAAUACAUUUAAACACGCAAGGCAAAGUAAACAACCAAGAAUUGGCUCUUAAAAAUUUUCAGUAUGCUGGAGAGGCUCUCUGUAAUAUUUGGUGCUGUGAUUUAAUUUUUGGGAAACAUGUAAAUGCACAAUAUGUUGAAGAAUUUACCAACCCUUGUAAGAAUUUGCAAUUUGAGG